GGGAGGGUAAGCAGCAGUGUGUGCCUCUCCUGCCAGCAGAUCACAGAUACAGCUCCCCGGCUUGGGGUAGCACAAUCUCACAGGCCAGCAUGAAAUUCCCAGGCUCUGUACUGGUAUCUGUCUCCUUGUUUGUAGCAGAGACUGUGACAGCCCUGUACCUAAGCAGCACAUACAGCUCCGAUGGGGACAGGAUCUGGCAGUCGCUUACCCUCCUGUUCUGUCUGUUGCCUUGUGUUCUGGUGCAGCUGAGUCUCAUCUUUAUCCACCGAGACCUAAGCAGGGACAGACCGCUGGUGCUGCUGUUGCACCUGCUGCAGCUUGGACCCUUGGUAAGGACUGCCAUCUUUGCUGGAGGAAAAUAUCCAAAAUACAUGUUGUCUGGGAAAAUUGAAGAACCUUAUGUGAGCAUCACCAAAAAAAGACAGCUGCCCAAAGGAGGCUGCUCUGAAGAAGUGGAGAAAGAAGUGGGUCAAGCAGAAGGGAAGUUGUUCACUCACCGAUCUGCUUUCAGCAGGGCCUCAGUAAUUCAAGCUUUCCUUGGGUCAGCACCUCAGCUGACUCUUCAGCUAUACAUAAGUGUGUUGCAGCAGCAUAUAACAGUAUCCAGAGGCAUAUUCAUGACCAUUUCUUUGCUAUCCAUUGUCUAUGGAGCACUACGGUGUAACAUCUUGGCCAUUAAAAUCAAGUAUGAUGACUAUGAUAUAAGUGUUAAGCCUGUGGCCUACCUCUGCAUUUUCCUCUGGAGGAGUUUUGAGAUAGCUACCAGAGUCAUUGUGUUAGUCCUCUUUAGUUCAGUUCUACAAAUAUGGACUCUGCCUGUGGUGUUAGUUAACUUCUUCUUUUUUUUCUUAUACCCAUGGAUCCUUUUCUUGCAAAGUAAAUCUCCCUUUCCUGAAAAUUUAGAAAAGACCUUGACGAGGGUUGGCACAACAAUUGCGCUUUGCUUCCUCACUUUCCUUUAUGCUGGAAUUAACAUGUUUUGCUGGUCUGCUGUUCAACUUAAACUCAAUGAUUCUGAUUUAAUCAACAAGUCCCAAAACUGGUAUAGAAUGGCUGUGUAUUAUAUGCUAAGAUUUGUAGAAAAUGCCUUCCUCUUACUAUUGUGGUAUAUCUUCAGAACAGAUGUCUACAUGUAUGUUUGCGCCCCUAUGUUGGUCCUACAGCUUCUGAUUGGGUACUGCAUUGCUGUGCUGUUUAUGCUUGUCUUCUACCAGUUUUGUCACCCCUGCAAGAAACUGUUUUCAUCAAGUAUUUCUGAAGGCUUGUUAGCCUGCUCCAAGUUUCUGUGUUACCUGUGUAUACCCACAAAGGCAUCAACAAAAGGGGAUAUGUUUGGUAUCAAAUCGUCAAGUAGCUUUGAUAACUUUAAUCAAAUUAACUCAAAGGUUGCUGAUCCACAGAAAGAAAAUACUCACCAAGAUAUACCUUCCAAUGCCUGAAAGGGGAAUCGUCACUGUGCAGUUACUGCCAAGAGAAUGCUGCAUUAUUGACAGCAAAGAUUGAUGCAUAAAACGCACACAGACCGAACAGGAUGAAACUGAAACAUUAGUGGUUUUAAUAAAUAUGUCAAAGAAAAUCUUAAAUUUAAUAUGGAACUUUGAGCUGAAGAUCAAAAUGUUUUAAUUAGAAAUGAUGAAAGUUCCUUGAGGCUUAUGCAAUGGAAAUAUUUUAAGUAUUGUGCUAUAAAUGUAUUUAUUCUGCACUAUUUUAUCACUUGAAAGCAUAUACUGAUAUAGGAUGAGUAUGGUUUAAUUUGUAAUAUGACUCUUCUUUAGAGAAAAUCAGUCAUAUUUGUAAAUACAGGUACUGUAUGUAAUAUUUAAAUAAUUUAUUGUUUCUCAAUAAUAAGCUGAUUACAAUUAAUAAUUUUAUAAAUAAAGUUUAACUGAUACACUGAA